ACGUGAUAGAAAAUGAGAGUUUCGUUGGCAGGAAGGAAGAAAACAAGUCUUAAAUAGGUCGAACGACUGAUAAGAGGAGAUCACAAUCCCAUCCCACCCCCAAUUUAAUCAAAAAUCUCCAAUCUCCUUCGAUUUCUUCGACCAUAUCAUCCGAUUAAUUUACUCAAUUACAGACUUAUGCAGGGAAGUUUGACAGAUGGAAUCUACCAAAGAGACAGGGUGCCAGGCGGCUCCAGAGGGCCCUAUUCUUUGCAUCAACAACUGUGGCUUCUUUGGGAGUGCGGCCACCAUGAACAUGUGUUCUAAAUGCCACAAGGAGAUGAUAUUGAAGCAGGAACAUGCGAAACUUGCAGCUUCAUCCUUUGAGAACAUCGUGAAUGGUGGUGGCAGUGAGGAUGUGGUGGCUACUGAAGCCAUCAAAGCAGCAGCAGCAGCGCCGGUGGAAUUGAAAAUGGUUCCAACACAAGCACGGCCUGAUGACUCCUCAAGUCAACAAGUCGUGGAGGCUAAGGUGAAAGAGGGACCCAGCAGAUGCAUGACUUGUCGUAAGCGAGUAGGAUUAACGGGGUUCAAUUGCAGGUGUGGAAAUCUGUUCUGCUCUGCUCAUCGCUACUCGGACAAACACGAGUGUCCUUUUGAUUACCGAAGUGCUGGUCGUGAUGCGAUAGCGAAGGCGAAUCCUGUGGUGAAAGCUGAAAAGCUUGAUAAGAUAUGAAGAAAGGGUCCUAUAAAGGGUAUUAUGAUACUUGUAGUGAAAAGUUGAAGUUGCCCCUUUGUCUGGUGGGAUUGUUUGAAAGUUGAUUUAGAAAAGCCGUGAAGACGGGGGGCACCUUGCCAGUGUUAUGAACAUACUUAUUCUCAUUGUCGAUUGGUAGGGAUUGGUAUGGUUUGGUUUGGUUUGGUUUCGGUUUGGUUCGGUUCCAAUGUGUGUGUGUUUGUGUGUGUUUGGAUGUUUGUGGUCUCUACAUAGAUGGAUGGAUCUGUUUGUGUUGAUGAUCUGUAAUUAUGAAUCCCUUCAUCUUGCAAAACUCAUUAAUGAUAUGCCAUUUCCUGAAAAAGGGGAAAUGUGUAAUG